AUGGCCCGCCUCGUCUCCCUCACAUUCCUGGCAUCCGCCCUGCCCGGAGCCCUCGCCUGGGGCUCCAUGGGCCACGCGACCAUCGCCUACAUCGCCACCAACUUCGUCGCGCCCGAGACCAAGACGUACAUGCAGCAGCUCCUCGGCGACACGACGGACGACUACCUCGCCAACGUCGCCAGCUGGGCCGACUCGUACCGCUACACGACCGAGGGCGCCUUCACCUCGACCUUCCACUACAUCGACGCCCUCGACGACCCGCCGCACUCGUGCGGCAUCGACCUCGAGCGCGACUGCGGGCCCACGGGCUGCAUCGUCUCGGCCCACGCCAACUACACCCAGCGCCUGCUGCUCGGGCCGGCGCUCGACCUCGAGCAGCGCCAGAUCGCCGCCAAGAUGGUCAUCCACUUCACCGGCGACAUCGGCCAGCCGCUGCACUGCGAGAACCUCGAGGCCGGCGGCAACGGCAUCGCCGUCGAGUUCAACGGCACCGACACCAACCUGCACGCCGCCUGGGACACCAACAUCCCGCAGUCCAUCACCGGCACCGGCAGCGUCCUCGCCGUCGCCAAGGCGUGGGCGUCGACGCUCAGCACGGCCAUCGCCUCGGGCGAGUUCCGCGCCGCCGCCCGCUGCUGGGUCCAGGGCCUCAGCCUCGAGGACCCGGAGGCCACGGCGCUGUCGUGGGCCGCCGAGAGCAACAAGUUCGUGUGCACCGUCGUGCUGCCCGAGGGCCGCGAGGCGGUCGAGGGCCUCGACAUCAGCGGCGCCUACACGACCAACGCGCAGCCGACGGUGAGCAUGCAGGUCGCCAAGCAGGGCUACAGGCUGGCCAAGUGGCUGGAUGCCAUCGUUGCCGAGGUGGCAUAG